UACAGCUCUAAAGCGCUUGUGAACCUUAUAAAUUGGAUUAUUGGACACCAUCUUGGUGCCUUUCAUCAGCAUCUAACUGAUAGCAAUCUCUUCUAAACUUCAAUCCAUUACAAAUUAAUUAAGAAGGAUUACAAAGGGCAUGGCUGAACAAGAAAACCAAGAAAUUGGCCACAAGGAACUCGCUCAUAAGACUCUCCUUCAGAGCGAUGCACUCUACCAGUAUAUCCUUGAAACGAGUGUGUUUCCAAGAGAGCAUGAAUGCAUGAAGGAGCUCCGUCAGAUGACAGAAAAACACCCUUGGGGUCUCAUGGCUACCCCACCAGACGAAGGACAACUUAUAAACAUGCUGGUUAAACUCAUAAACGCAAAGAAGACGAUGGAAAUUGGUGUCUACACUGGUUAUUCUUUACUCUCUACUGCUCUUGCUCUUCCUCAUGAUGGAAAGGAAAAUAACAAGGGGGCAUUUGAUUUUGUCUUCGUGGAUGCGGAUAAGGACAACUACUUGAACUACCAUAAGAGGGUGAUUGAGCUGGUGAGAGUUGGGGGAUUGAUUGGCUACGAUAACACUCUAUGGAGUGGUGCUGUGGCGGGCCCACCUGAUGCACCAAUGCUGGAUUAUGUGAAGCAAUUCCGUAGUUAUGUCAUAGAGGUCAACAAGUACCUCGCGCAUGAUUCAAGGAUCGAGAUUUGUCAAAUCCCUGUUGGUGAUGGCAUUACCCUGUGCCGCCGCAUCAUAUGAUAACUACUUUAUAAUUUAUUUGCUUGCUAAUAAAGGGUGUAUUUCACUAUUUCAGCAUUCGCAAUUAUGGAAAUGAUUUGAUUUGAAUUGAGUUCAAUUAAAGUGAUUUGUGUGUCACUUUAAAAUGGAGAAAGAUGUGCGGAUUGCUGCUAAAUCAAGUCAAACUAUAGUAGUUUGCGUGUGAGCUUAUAUUAUGUUUAUUACUAUGGAAACCUGUUGAAUUUUGAUAU